CGCACGUGACGUCAUAUCUCUCUCUGCCUGCGAUCGGCCCACCCGUUUCUCACACUGACAGGGACAGGGAACUGCGAAGCAAAAUGCCGUCGCCAACACAUCCAAAUAUAUCGGAAUAUCGGAUAGUACUACCCAUGACAGUCGAGGAAUAUCAAGUGGCCCAAUUAUGGUCUGUGGCAGAAGCCAGCAAGAAUGAAACCGGUGGAGGAGAGGGUAUCGAGGUCAAGGUCAAUGAGGCAUUUAACUUUGAGGAUGAGGAAUCUAGAGAUCAUGCGGAGAAAGAAGGCUAUUACAAAAAUUUAAAGGAUGGAAAAUAUACUAAAGGACAAUACACACACAAGAUUUACCAUUUACAAAGUCGAGUACCAUCAUUUCUCAGACUAAUAGCUCCCAAAGGAUCUCUAGAUAUUCAUGAAAAGGCUUGGAAUGCGUACCCAUAUUGUGUAACAAUAAUAUCAAAUCCAGGUUAUAUGAAAGAGGGCUUCUACAUCAUCAUAGAAACAUUGCAUUGUCCAGACAGAGGAAACCAACUAAAUGCUCAUGGACUGAAAACAGACGAUGAGAAGAUCAGAAAGGUUGUACAUAUUGACAUCGCCAACGAUCCUGUACAAGAUUCGGACUACAAGGAAGAGUGGGACCCUAGAAAGGUGAUGGCCGUCAAGUCAGAAAACACGGGAGAGGAGAUAGGGCGAGGCCCACUUGGAGGCACAUGGACAAAAUCGGUGGAACCUGUGAUGUGUGCUUACAAACUUGUAAGCUGUAAGUUCAAAUGGAUGGGAUUUCAGAAUAAAGUGGAGAAAUUUAUACAAACACAAGAAAAAAGGAUAUUCACGAACUUUCACCGCCAAGUAUACUGCUGGAUGGAGAAGUGGUUUGGUCUGACUAUGGACGACAUCCGUGAGAUUGAGAGGAAAACCAAGGAGGAAUUGGAUCAACAACGAAUGAAAGGAACCAUUAGAGGAACAACUUCUGACGAUAAGGAUGCCAAAUGAUGACUCUGAGUUUUAGCUGUUGGUUGGUAGAAGCUGAAGAUAACCUCAGACAUCAAGUUCUAAGACAAAAGGAAAACUACUUUAUCACCUCUGUAUCCACUGGUUACUAUUGGUGAUAGACUUUAAUAAAGUCUGAACAGGAGCUGGAAAGGGCAAGCUUUUCAGACGUUUGCUUCAUAAAAUUCCGAAGAUGAAAACGUGAUGAUUCUAAUUGACUUUAACAGCCAAUUAGUGCAUUCAAGUGUUUUUUUUAUUUCAGAUGUACAAGAUUUGAUACAAGACCACGAAAAAAAUACCAUAAUAUUAGGGAUACCAGUGGAGCUAUUCCAUAUUCAACAUAUAUAAAAUUUAAAAGUGAGAAGUCGUAAGUUUAGCAUUGAUAGUUUGAGGAGGUGUAGGUGUUGGUGAACUUGUAGGUCACACAUUGUCGUAACUACUCACACAUUGGAAUGCAUUUAUCAGUAGGUAGAAAACAGAGAAAACUUGAUUGCCACUGUGCACAUACAAAACAAAUCACCAUUUACCAUUAUAGAAACAUCAUCAACAGCAUUUCAUGUGAGUGUCCUUGUCAUAAUUCCAUAUGUACUGAUUCCAUAUGAUCUAGAAAUACCAUAUUAUAGAUGGAGGAUGUCUGCCCGUUGUUUUCUCACUUCCUCUAAACAUAGCCGUCACCGACAGAUAAUUGAAACAUACAGAAUUUAGUAUUAAUUGAUGAAGCAGUUAAUAUGCAAAUGUAUUUUUAAAUUUGUGAAAUCAAAUCGUUAAUAAUUUUCAUGGUAUCAAAAUUCACUUACCAGGGUCAAUUAUUUGUGCUGAUUGAACAGCGAUAUAUUUAGCUGUUUAUUUGUGAGAGGGCAGAUGUUUUCCACCAAUAUGUGGAUUAGCUAAUGUGAACCAGGUUCUAUUAGUUAACUAACAAUAAGCUAGUGUAGGUUGUGUUGGGCACCAACUGGUGUGGAGACCCAAUAUGUCAACACAAACUAGGGGAACUAGACUAAAUGCAUGUGAUACCCAUUGUUUUCUGAUACAUUCAUUGUUCCUAAAUGAUAGAAGUUUAAAUACUCUUUUAGUGUUUAGAAAUUAAAUGAAUAUACAUCUUAAGACAUACAUAUGUGUGUUAAUUUAUACAAAUACUGGAGAGAAAUGUUCAGGUAAAUAUCAUUUUAUGGUAUGGUGCAUCUCUACAUUUACAGUUAUUACACUGCAAAUACCUAAAUUAGCUGAUCUCUGACUGUUAAUCAACUGGUUGUAAAUUCUUUUAAAUCCAAGCCUUGACAACUUACUUUAACUUCAAUACUGGGAAAUACUUGGAUGUUUUUUAAACACUGUGUAAAUAGUUCUAAAUAAAUGUUUUGAAAAUGUAGGAAUCCUCUGGUACAAGAUUGUUUUACAUGUACAGUCAAACCUGUUUGUGCACCACCUGCAAUAAGAGACCAGCUGUGUUAAGAGACCUCUUCGCGGACUUUACGUGGGUGGUCACUUGAUUCAGUUUUGUACUCGUUACGUUCCUGUAAUGAUGUUUUCCUGAAUAAAUUUGUCGAGUGUCGGUAUGUCAUUCAGUGAAGGUUGGCCUAGAAAAUUGUAAGGAAAUACAAAUGUGUGUGAUCUGUUUGAUAUUUGUGUGGUAUCACCCCUUAAUACUUUGAAUGCAGUGAAACAACAUUUAAACAUUCGGUACUCGUGUACCAUGAUUGCAUAAUACAUAUUGUACAACAUAUAGAAUCUGUAUUGAGAGGCCACCCCUUCUACAGAAAAAGCCAUGCAGUCUGUAUCGACUGAUAGUCUUAUAAUCCUAAAGUAAAUCAUGUAUUGAGAGUGAAGAUCAGACAAAUCGGGAAGGGAUUUUCAAGCCUGGUCUAUUGACAUUAAAUAAAAACACAAAUCAUGAAUCAAAUGUUGCAUAUUUUGGUAAAAACUGAGGAUUUAUUCAUAUUUUGUGCUUUGAAAUAAACAAAUCUGGAUAACAUGAGAAUUAUAUAUUUCCUGUUCUCGGUUAAUAGCUGUGCGAAUACCUAUCAUUCAUUCAUACAAGACUAUAAAUGUAUUUCGGUCGGUAAUUCCAUUCAAAAUUUGAGUAUAUCAGUAAGUAGCCUUAUUGUAUUGUAACACUUGAGUGUACUAGUUGGUACCUCUAUUGUAGUACUUGAGUGUACCAGUUGGUACCUCUAUUGUAGUACUUGAGUGUACCAGUUGGUACAUCUAUUGUAGUACGUGGGUGUACCAGUUGGUACCUCUAUUGUAGUACGUGGGUGUACCAGUGUAAUACAUAGGAUACGAGUGGGUAGGUCAUAGAUUUGUUACAUUUACAUGUAAUCUCAUUGUAUAAAACUUGUUAUGUGAUGUUAAAAUGUUACACGAGGUAUUUGAGAUGAUCAGUGAUGGAAAACUAAUGCAAGUUAUUUCAGAUAAUACCUCUAAGUAGUGUGCUGUGAUAAGCAAAAUAGAACCAGAUGCAAGUUCUGACCAAAUCUUGAUACAUCUGUACAGUGUAUCAGAGGAGCUGUGUUUUAAACAAAUUGUCUAAAGUUAAUAUGCUUAUGCUGGGAAAUGGUCAAAUUUACCAAAAUUCUAGCCUUUCUAUACACUAAACACCAAUGACCAUGAAGUAUGUAUGUGUAUGCAAUGGUAUAUAUUUCACAAGUCAAUAGGUACAUGUUCCUGGUAUAUACAUCUGUCUAAAUGUUCCUGGUGACUAAAUACAAGGGCACACUGUUACAUCCAUGCAGAGCACGGUUGUUAGGUCGUAGACAAGGAAGCAAGUAUUAAUAUUCCACAAGCAAGUGUAUUUAGCGAAAAUGAGGGCGACAUGUGGAUUGAUGUAGAUUGUGUAAAAUCAUGUCGUCCUAAUCUUGUGAUUGUUUCAUCAUUAGGUAUCAUUGAGAUGUUAUGCUUAUUUAUUGAAUGUGACAAGUACAAAGCUCAUGAAUUAAAUGUCUUCAUACACAU